AUGGCAUCUCAACGUGUCUUCUUGCUGGCAUUGUCUCUGAUCGCCUCUGCUUCGGCUUCUCUUCGUGGAAGCGAGCUUCAGUGCAGCGGUGAAGGCAACCUGCCGGCGGGUCCAGUCUGCUUUGGUGGCACCUUGCUCACGCAGACCUUCAAUAUUCACGUGGUGAGUCACGAUGGUGCCGUGGGCAUUGUGGAUUUGAAGGCAGAGGGCCCUCAGUCGGCUGAGUGCGAUGGUGCCCAGUUCCAGAACGACGCCAAUGUCAUCACCAUCGAGAACGACCACGGCUGUGGUCUUGCCAAGUACGAGUACACGGUCCAGUACUGCCCAGAUCAGGACAAUCUUGUGGUGAACCUGGUGAAGCCCUACAGCAUCCGGAUGGUGCUGGAAAGCCAGUCCUGCCCUGCAGCUGGUGAG